AUGCUGAGUUCGGGUAUCAAACGGGUAAAGGGGGAGACGAAGGAACUAUUGCCCGAUGAUCUUAAAAGGGAGAUAAUAUCCAGAGUUCCAAUCUCCUACCAUCCCGUGGCCUCUACCAUUUGUCAAGAUUUUUCUAACUUCAUCCAAUUAAGACAUGUCUACGGCGAUAGGGCAAAAAUUCACAAGGCUGAAACCGUGAUACAUAUCUCUCUGAUGUCAGAAAACUACGUUCUUGACUGGUACACUCUCCACAAGAAAGCCUUUGUUGAUGAAUUUGUGCUGCGUCCACUUCCUCAGUUUCCGGUUGUACCUGUGAAACGCCACAAUUUGAUCGCCUCAGGUUCUAGGAUAUAUGCCAUUAGCUGGGAAAACUCUGAAAACAUGUAUGUAGACUGCAAAAGUUACCUUACCGUUCGGGUUCCAUCUACCACAUGCAAUGAGACAUUAGCAGUCAUCAAACGACAGCUAUAUGUAAUUGGCGACCUCAAUCUUGAGACUUCGAGUGCGUUCUUGAAAUCUUUGGACAUAGACGACAACGACGAAUGGAAAGUUGUGAACUUUCCACUAGCUCUUGACCACAGCAACUAUCCGAUCUUCUCAAACUUGAUCGUUCUGAACAACAAGAUCUACUUCAUCGGAAACAGCGGUCGCAGAUGCGUGGUUUUCGACCCUGACAACCUGACAAUGGAGAGGAUGAACAGCAAAGGAAUGGGAAGGCACAGCUAUGACUCUUCCUGUGUCAUAAACGACCGCUUGUUCUGCUUUGAGAAGAACAACAAGCUCAAAGUUCACGUCAACGGCAACACCUGGGUUCACGUGAGAGGCCUAAAGAAUAAGCUUCCAAAAUUCGAUUCAGGGUCUACUAAGCUUUUUAACUUGUCUGGCAAGCUUCUUAUCCUGCAAAACUCCAACCGCAAGGAUAUAUUAGUGACGGUGGUAAGCUUGGAAGACAGACAUGGAGAGAUGUGGGGAAACGUUUUCUCAUCUAACGUAGCACUUCGGCUCCCGUACAGAACCUUCAUCGUCCAUGCCUUGGAGGUCGAGUUGUAA